GAGGGACGGAGAGGCAGCGCGCGCGCGGAGCGAUGGUUGUAGCAGGAGCGGCUUGGCACCGCUCUGUUUACGGCGCGACACCUUUUUCUCCCUCUCUCCGCGAGGCUGAAGACUCCUCUUCUCCUCUCCCCCUGCCUCCUUCGGGAGGUCGACCAGCCUGCUGAAGUUACCGCAGAUGAGGAGUGAAAGAAAAGCGCGGAAGAAGAAGAAGAAAAAAAGGUCUUGCGCGCGCGCGCUGGAAUCCAGAGCGGCCCAGCGUUCGUAGCCGCUGGUUCCGCUCUCUUUAGAGCAUCUGUCCCCGCUCCGAGAGUCCCGUCAUAAGCCGGAGGGGCAGACCUCCUGAUCCGCUCAGGGGUGACCGGGGGAAGGAGGGAAGCUUCCAGACCAUAGGAGGCUGUUCGGGGCCGCACCUCCCCGCGGUGAGGCCGCGCUGAAGCGCCGCUGUGUCGGAGGAUGCUGCGGCUGUAGAGCGGCUCAGAGGGAAGAUGGGGAAGGACCAGGAACUGCUGCAGGCGGUCAAGACCGAGGACCUGCUCACCGUGCAGAAGCUGCUGCAGAGGCCACGGCCCGGGAAAGCCAAGCUCCUCGGAUCUGCAAAGAAAGUGAACGUCAACUUCCAGGACACAGAUGGGUUUUCUCCGCUGCAUCAUGCGGCGCUCAACGGGAAUCUGGAGCUCAUCAAUCUUCUGCUGGAAUCGCAGGCUGCUGUUGACAUCAGAGACCAAAAAGGCAUGCGACCACUGCACUAUGCGGCCUGGCAGGGGAAGGCGGAGCCCAUGAAGAUGCUGUUGAAAUCUGGUUCAUCUGUCAAUGGCCAAUCAGAUGAAGGACAGAUUCCUCUCCACCUGUCAGCGCAGCACGGCCACUACGACGUAUCUGAAAUGUUGCUGCAGCACCAGUCCAACCCAUGUAUUGUGGAUAAUGCAGGAAAAACCCCUCUGGACCUCGCCUGUGAGUUUGGCAGAGUUGGGGUGGUCCAGUUGCUGCUGUCCAGUAACAUGUGUGCUGCUCUGCUGGAGCCCAAAAAAGGAGACACCACCGACCCCAACGGGACGUCGCCUCUGCACCUCGCUGCCAAGAAUGGACACAUAGACAUCAUCAGACUGUUAAUCCAGGCUGGCAUAGACAUCAACAGACAGACCAAGGCGGGCACAGCCCUGCACGAAGCUGCUCUCUGCGGAAAGACAGAAGCAGUGAGGCUCCUGCUGGAAAGCGGAAUCAAUGCAGCAGUGAGGAACACAUACAGCCAGACAGCACUGGACAUUGUGUACCAGUUCACUGCGACGCAAGCCAGUCGAGAGAUCAAACAGCUGCUUCGAGAUGCAUCAGCGGCUCUUCAGGUUCGAGCUCUGAAGGAUUACUGCAACAACUACGACCUAACCAGCCUCAACAUCAAAGCAGGAGAUAUUAUUACGGUGUUGGAGCAGCACCCUGAUGGACGCUGGAAAGGCUGUAUCCAUGACAACAGAACAGGAAACGACCGUGUGGGCUACUUUCCAUCCACCAUGGUGGAGGUCAUCAGCAAGCGCACAGGUUUGGCCAGCUCAGUCAUUUGCACUCAACAGUUUCAAAAGAUACCGCUGGUUCCCCCGGCAACGGUUGCCCCUGCCAACGCAGUAGUCAACGGCAACGACACCACGUUCCAUCAGAUCCAUAUCCUGCCUCCACCGCCUCCUCCUCCACCACAUUCCCAUCAGCCACUGCUCCCACUUUUCACAUCCUUUGGCUAUAACAGGUCGCCCGUGACAACCCCACAGGGAGACACACCCACUACCCCAGGUUGUCGCGGCUCAGAGGCAAGUCCUCACAGCUCUCCCACACCGUCCAGCGGGCCCCAUGGAGGCUCCAAUGAAGAGAUCUGGGUUCUGCGCAAGCCCGUGGCAGGAGGGGACCGCAGCAGUGUUGGGAGUUCUGGUAGUGUGACCAGCUUGCGGUCGUCAGGCAGCGGCCAGAGUGCUGGCAGUGCCGCCCACAUCCUCCAUGCACAGGCUGAAGGGGUUAAGCUCCUGGCCACAGUUUUAUCCCAGUCAACCAAAGCCAAGGAGCAUUUGCUGGAGCAGACCAAGUCUGUGGAACAGAACACAGCAGGCUCUGCCAGCUCCUCUCGGACAUCAAACCAAUUGGGCUGCCCGCUGCAUGAAGCGCCGCCCUACGAAGCCACGGCAACCAGGAAAGGGGAGGUGCCUGGUGAGGGGAAGAGCUCAGAGGCUGUUGUCCAAUGGCUGAGCGACUUUCAGCUGCAGGUCUACGCUCCAAACUUCCUGGGCGCUGGGUAUGACUUGCCCACCAUUAGACGAAUGACCCCUGAGGAUCUGACAGCGAUUGGAAUCACUAAACCGGGUCACAGGAAGAAGAUGACAUCAGAGAUUAACAAGUUGAGCGUCACAGAGUGGAUGCCUGAACACAAACCUGCCAGCCUAGGAGAGUGGCUGUCUGCUAUUGGCCUCAGCCAGUACCAUCAAGUGUUAGUGCAGAACGGUUAUGAGAACAUCGACUUCAUCACAGACAUUACGUGGGAGGACCUGCAGGAGAUAGGCAUCACCAAACUGGGACACCAGAAAAAGUUGAUGCUGGCAGUGAAGCGAUUGGCUGAGAUGCAGCGCACUUUGGAUGGGCGAGGUUCACUCAGAAAGAAGCCACCACCGAUUACACAUCAGCAAGAAGUCGUGUCAGUUGACAGCCCACCUCCAGAUGAAAUUAUGUCACCCAAGAUGAGCACUUUCCAGGACAGCGAGCUGAGCACUGAGCUACAGAGUGCCAUGAACCAGCCUUGCCAGGAUGUCAAAGGUCAACGAUCCCGCACCCUUAGCAAAGACCAUGAGGAGGUGAUGGCAGGAGGAGGUGGAGUAGGUGCUGGACCACCUAAGAAGGAGGCUCGGACUAUGAGGCAGCAUAGCAGCCAGGGAAGCACCUCCUCCCAUCGAAGUGGCAUCUCAUCUCAAGGCAAACACCGUCACUCCCAUUCCCAUUCCCAGCCUGCACCUCCCUAUACACCCCCUCACACCCCAACUAAGACUCGGACCUCCUCUUCAUCCUCAUCUUCAUCCAUCCAGAGUACAGCUUCCCCACAGGCUAAACCCAAACAGUCUCCACAGUUCAUCCAGGGUGAGUCACCACGCUCACACCCUCCUCCAUCUCCAGCCCACCGUGGAGCUCCUUGUGCUCAGCCUCAGCAACAGCCUUCGCAACAAACACAGCACCACCCUUCUGUGGAAGUCAUGGAGACUGCCCAACCGCAGGCCUCCGUCCCAUUGCUCUGCCUUCCACCAGAGGCUGAGGUGACAGAAGAAGGAGCGGGAGAAGACCCCUCACCUCUCCAAAAGAAACGCGCCCACAGCUUGACCCGUUAUGACGGAGAGUGUGAUGAGAGGGCAGGAGGAGGUAGUAGUGAAAGAGAAGGAGAAGCAGAAGCUGUGACAGGUCAGGCCUCAACUGUCGUCCGAGGUGAAGGAGGGAAAUACGCCACAGUGACCCACCGUGUCAGCCGUAGCCACUCUGUCCGCAAUCAAGACAAAAACAUCACCCGCAACCAGCCCUUUGCUCUCCGACAGAAGAAGAAAGGUCCGCCCCCUCCUCCACCUAAACGCUCAAGCUCAGCUAUUUCCAGUUCCAAUUCCAACUUGACAGACGCCAGUGCCCAUCAGCAGACAGUCACCACUACAGGUGGGAUGCUGGAUGUGCCCUACCAUCAGCAACGACGGGCCAGUGACCUGGGAGUGUCUGUUGAGACGGGCAAUGUGGAGACGAGCAGCAUGGGUAGCGUGCGCAGCAUUGCUGCUAUGUUAGAGAUGUCUUCUAUAGGAGGAGGAGCCAAAGGCAUGGCGCUGCAGAAGAACUUCCUGCAGGUGGGGAAAACACAUGAUGCUAUUGGUCUGGACGGAGAAGUAGUAAACCGAAGACGAACCAUCAGCGGCCCCGUCUCUGAGUUGGUGGCAGCUGCCAUGCGAGACCAGCCGCCUUUGUCAGCUUUUGUUCCUUCCUCUAUCCAGCCAGAAGUUUCCUCACCACCUGUCACGUCCUCCUCCCCCAACCCACCCUCCUCCCCCCAUCCCAGCUCGGGAGGCAGCGGGAGCUCAACAGAGAAUCUGCCAUUUGCUGAAGAGGGAAGCAUGACCAUCCGCCGCCAGGGUCGUGGAGAAGGAGAGGGACAGUGUGUAUUUUGUGUCUGCCUGCAGGGGGACGGCAAGGGCAUGCAGGGAGAUGACGGUUACAACCAGGACGAUGUGUCCGGGGAGGAAACUACAACCUUAAAACGACGUCCCUGCGGCUCCAAACCCCACCCUAAUGGCUCUGACUUCACCCUCCAGGAGUCUUCUACCGUCAAACGAAGGCCCAAAAGCCGUGACAAAGAGCCUGAGGGCUUUGCGGACCUUAGCAGGGCUAAUAGUGAGCCAGUGCACAACAUGGCAGCGAACACCAUGCAGCCAACUCCCUACCAGAAUGGUACGGCCACUGUAAAACGUCAUCCAGAGGCUGACGCUGGAGUGACUGAGCAGCCGCAGCUUCCACCUCAGCAUCAAACCCAGGUGGCUGCUGGUCUUCGUCGAGACAGUGUUGACCAAGCGGUUCCAGUGGGGACUGAAGGAGGCCAGAUGAAGAAACCAAAACCUCCCGUCUCACCCAAGCCUGUUGUGGCCCAGAUAAAGAGGCAAGGAGGCCCACAGACUCCCCCGCAGCCUGCCUCCAAUAAGAGAAUCCCACUACCGGGCCCUGGGACACCUGGAAGCCCAGAAGGAAAGAAGAUUCCUCCACCAGUAUCACCCAGACCGGUGCCGCCGCCAACUGCGCCUAAACCGGCCAAGCUGAUCCACUCGAUGACCAUACCCCCCUCCUCAUUACCGGCUCCUGCCCCUGUCAAGCAGCAACACCCUGUGGUGGCCAGACAGACCAGCUCGCCUCCUUUCUUCCCCUCUUCCAACACCAGCAGCCCGCCAAGCACCAAGACGCCAACCCCACCUGCCCAGAGCCCCCACACCCCACAAACCCCCACAACACCCGUAACUCCGGCUACUCCCAGUCCGACUCCACCACCUGUAAAGCCCCCUCGCUCUUCCAUCGGAGGUGUGUCAGUGGACAGCGGGAUGGCGGGCGUAGGUGUGGCACCACAGACUGGUACAACAGUGGAUUUUGGCAUAGAUUCUUUGGUGCAUCAGAAGUUGGAGGAGACAAGUGCAUCCCUGGCUGCAGCAUUGCAGGCGGUGGAGGAUAAAAUACUUCGGCAGGAGGACUCUGUGGCUGAGCAGAAGACGACUGUCAGCAUCCUUGAUGACAUCGGCAGCAUGUUUGAUGAUCUGGCCGACCAGCUGGACGCCAUGUUGGAGUAAUUCUAGCCACUCAGAAUGUCUCCAUGGCAACGCAGCAUCACGAGUGACUCAGAUGGCACAAUGGGCAACAAGCCUGUCUCUCUUUCUGUCUCUCUCUCUCCUUUUCAUCCCUCAAACACUCGUCCUGUCUACGGCUGCUCUGUGGAUGCCAAAAGCUUCAUUUCAACUCCUUUUUUUCCUCAUCUUCUUGUUGAUGACGAAGAUGAUAAUGGCGUCGUACCAGUGGCACAGACUGACUGACGUGUGAUAGACAUAAGUAACUGUAGUGCAGAAAUGACAAAAUAAUAGAGAGAGGUUAAACAAGGACCAAAAAAAUGACAGAUGGAGAGAGAAACUCACAAAAGAGAGGAGAGAUGAAGAAGGAAACUGCAAUCAAAUGUCUUUUAAGAGACUCAAAGAGUCUUGAUGCCACGAUGGUGACCCGAUACAAAAACUAAUAGUGACUGAAAAAGCCAGCUGUGUAAUGAAUCAUAGUAUGGUAUGUGUACAUUCUAGGCAUGGAGAGUUUAUAUCUACUGAGAAGACCUGCAUUAGCACAGUAAUAUAUAAUAUACCCAUAAAUAUCUAUCUCUUGCUCUUUGGUUUGAUGUCUUGGUUCUGUGUGGAAUGGUGACCUCUGGUGUUGUGAUGAUGUAAAUGACUUGGUGGAAAUGUUACCUGUGACCAAAA